AUGACCCGAAGCUAUUACUGGCCUUUCAAGUACCGUCUCCACGUGAUUGACACUGAUCCCACCUCAGCAGCUGCCUCUGGAUGGCUGGACGACACGUCCUUGGUGGAGAAAUACACGAUUUCUGAAGAAGAUUAUGAAAAACGAGAUGCUUCUCUUUUUCUCUCUUCUGUGUUGCUGCGUUAUCAUGCCCAGCAUUCUAAUGCAGGCCGCAUAGCUUGCAUUGUGGCUUCUUUUUUCUCUGCUUGCAGUGUGGAGGGUAAGAAGGUCUUUCAUUGUGAGCGCAAUUACGGCUCGUUUCUGCGGCCAGACAAAGUCAAAAUUGGAGAAUACCCUGAAAGAGAUCCGUUUGACGAUGACGAGCCUGAUGAGUUUUAA